AAUACUGAACAUACGAAUAAUUCCAUAUAGUUAAACGAUCAUGAAAUUGGUAUUGGAUAAUGUUUCACAGAUAAAUUGUACGAAUAAUUCUAAUUGCACGUAAGAGAUUUAUCAUUCCAUUUGACAUAUUCAGCUUUGAUCAUUAUGAAAAACCAGUUGUUCUCAGUGGUGUCAUAUUAACGUAAGUAAUAUGUUUUAAAUACAGAUAUUACCCAGAAAUCCUAACGACCAUACUAUUACGUAUUAUUCAAUGAACUGAAUAAUACACUUUGAUGAGAAAUUCGACCCCUAUUUGACAAGAAUAUUAUGAUUGAAGAAGAGAAAUAAAGUUUAUUUCUUCUCUAGUGAAAUGCAUUGUCAUUUUGUGUUGCAUCACAUCACAAUACAUGAUCAUAUUGAAAUGUAUUUAUGCAUAUAUUUAUUUCAACUCAAAAUUUAGUACAAAUAGUCAAAGACUACUCCAGUAUUAAUACAAAGUCAGAAAAUAGAUAUGCACCACUGAAAUCAGUUGAUUUGUGUGUGGGCUGUGAUAUUGUCCGGGUGACCAGAGCGAAGUUGGUGGUUUCGUUAGAGGGCCACACUCGGAGUCACAAAGCAACGUCAGCAGAUGCCAUCCCAUGUCAGCCGAUGACCGACAAUUGGCUCACAAGCCAUUUUUUUCCUUUUAAAUCUGGAGUCCAUGUACGUCACUGAUUUGUAAUCAUGUUUUUCCAACUCGCUCAAAUGGAUUCAGCAUAUACACUAACCUGUCAAAGAGCCGAACAUUCGCUUUUUAUCCUCUCAAUUUCGUAAACAUCACGCUUGACACAAUAAGGCAGUGAUUAUAUCUUCCAUGGUAGUGGGUGAAUAUGCGUUUCAAUGUGUGAGCAUUUCGAGAGGGAGAGCUAAUUUUUUCCACCAUCGGCCGUACCAGUGCAUUUUGGCGAUGAAAUGAAAUAUUCAAGAGAUCAUUCCUUAGGUAUCCAUCUUAUUGGUUUUUUUGACAAGUUUUACAAACUUUCGAAAAUGUCAAACUGAGAAGUUGAGGAAUAUGUUCACGUAUUUUAUGCAUAUAUAUUGUGUAGAACAUUUCAUGCAUAUUACAAUGAUCUGUUGCACCUAUGAGCUUAGUAUGUCGCACACACUUUUUUCAUUUAUAUUUCAGAUCUAUAGGUUUACUUAUUGGAUUAAUAAUCAUAUUUAUUAAGAAACUACAUUCUACAUCCAUAAUGAACAUUCUGUUCAUGGUUAUAACGUUGAUAAUUUUGAUAAUUGGUGUUGGGUUACUAAAUUCACGAACACAAUGGUAUGAAAUAAUUAUUUCUGUAACUGUGGAUACUUUGUUGGCCAGCUUAGCGAUUUUAUUGGGUGCAAAGCUAACAAUUCAAAAAAGAAAAUUGGAGAUAAUCUUGUUCUCGAUGUGGUGUGUGUUUGCUGUAAUUGGAAUCGUUCUCUUGUUUAUGGAUGUUGCACUUACCAAGGCGGGGGCACUUUCCAACCAUAUUGUACUCGGUGUAUCCUGGAUAUGUUGGUGCUGUACAAUGUUAAUUGUGAUUGUAUACACAGCAUAUUAUUUGUGUAGAUCCAGUGAAGAAGAACAGUCGCGUGUUAUGUACAUUAUUUUCUUAUGGACUUAUGAAUAUAUAGCACUAGUCAACAGUUCACAAUUUUGUUUAAAUACAUUCAUCGACUGUCAUCCGUGCAAUAAGACAAUGAAUAACACAAGUAUUGGACAUUAUGAAUAGAUGGUAUUUUAUUGAAUGCUUUUAUAUGUUUGAAGAUUAUUGUAAACUACUUUGUUAUUUAUAAUAGAUGUUCUGUUAAAUAGA